CCUCACCUACCAACGAAACCUCUGAAAAGGCCCAUCUACACAAUUAAAACUCUUUCUACUGCACAUACUGCACAUACUGCACAUACAGACGACCUAGAUAUUGCAUCGCCAAUACUUCAUAGAACUAUGCGACAGAGUUAUAUUCUGUGAAGGCACGAAAGGUGAUUUGAAGCCUGGCUGUGCUGGUGCUGCGGUCCACCUCCACCUCCCACCUCCACCUCCACCCUCCACGCGAUAUCACGACUCACACCCCGCGCAACCCCGAACGAACGACAUCACAUCAAUCACCAACGACUACACAAACAUCACCAUCACCAUAGGGAAACACCACCAGCCACGACACGACAGCAGCAGGCGACACCAAACCCGCUCGCUCGAGUCCUCGGCAACCCUCCACAUCAGCCUGCACCUCAUGGCGGACUCGAAUGGGCCUCCGCGCCCGCCCCAGCAGUUCGACGAGGCAUGGGCGAAGGACCUGCGCGUACAGUUCGAGCAGCUGCUGCGUACGAAGCGGUUAAACGAGCUCGAUCGCUCGCGGUCGCGCAAUGGUUCGCCCAGCCCGAGGGAGCGAGCGUCGUCAUCGGAUUUGCGCGGGGAUGUAGGAUCCAGCUCACGACCGACGAGACCGACGACGUCGAGUGGUUCGUCGGCAGGGCAGACGCCGCCGUCUUACUCGUCGCUGAGGAGGCUGUCGAAGCUGCCGUCCCCGCCUAACGAUUCACAGUCGCAGAAAUUCAGAAAUCUAUUACUUACACUAUCGGCGAUGCCGACGAACUACGAGAACCCGGGGUUGUUGGAUGAGGCAUUGCUUGCACUGCCGUUGGAUAGGAUAUACGGCGAGGCACAGGAGGAGAGCGAGGUGCUGCAGGCUCAAGCGGAGAGUAUGGGCGAUGGAAGGAAGCCAGAGUGGGGGUAUCAGGAUUGCGUCAUCCGCGCCUUAUUAAGAUGGUUCAAACGCUCCUUCUUCACCUGGGUCAACAACCCCGCCUGCCCCGUCUGCAUGUCCCCCACCGUCGCCCAAGGCAUGGCGCGCCCCACCCCCGACGAAGCCGCCUGCGGCGCGCUCCGCGUCGAACUCUACCGCUGCUCCGCCGGCGACUGUGGCGCCUACGAGCGCUUCCCCCGCUACAGCGACGUGUGGCGGCUGAUGCAGACGCGGCGCGGUCGCUGCGGCGAGUGGGCCAACUGCUUCAGCAUGCUCUGUCGUGCGCUGGGGGGGCGCGUGCGCUGGGUCUGGAAUGCCGAGGAUCACGUGUGGACGGAGGUGUACUCGGAGAUGCAGAAGAGAUGGGUGCAUGUCGAUGCGUGUGAGGAGUCGUGGGAUAAUCCUAGGCUGUACACUGAUGGGUGGGGGAAGAAGAUUUCGUAUUGUAUCGGCUUCUCUGCUGAUGGCGUGACGGAUGUCACGCGUCGAUAUCUUCGGAAGGCAGAUCAUGCCGAACACCGCAGUCGCUGCCCUGAAGAAGUCCUCCUCUACAUCCUCAACGAGAUCCGCACCCUCCGCCGCGCCAACCUGCCGAAGGAAGAGCGCUUCCGCCUCGAGAAGGAGGAUAGUCGCGAAGACCGCGAACUGCGCGGGUACGUCGUCUCUUCCAUCGCGCAGUCCGUGCGCGUCAAUGUUCCCGAAAUGGUGGCGGAGUCGACGACGUCGAAUCCAUCUCCCCCCCCGCCGCCGAAUCCGCCGUCGAGGAGCGCGAGCGAUGACCAGAAGUUGCCUGCUGAGCAGCCGGCGGGGAGGCAGAGUGGGAAUGAGGAGUGGGCGCGCGCGAGGGGGGAGGCGGGACCGAGGAAUAAUAAUCUACCCCGUGAUCCUACUUACUGAGGUAACCGGACUUUGGGUUGGGGUACACCGGUGGUGUAGCCUUAUGCAGAUAUCCUUAGGUUGAGGGUGGGGUACGCAGCUAGGCCUGGAGGUAAACAUGAUGUGCCUGCCAGGUUGGCAAUACCACCGCACAGUAGAGGCAUGGUGUGCGUAAUGAAGCCGUUCACACGACGGCGCUCCUCCUGUCGCCACGAACACACACAAUGGGGAGGAACACAUCACGACGCGCGAACUCAUCUAUCCACUGUAUAUAGCGCUAGCGACAUUUCAUCUCUAUAGUCACAUCAUAGCACGCAGGUAGUCACGGGGGGGUGGGGAAGGAAGGCGUUAUUUUGGGAAACAUAUUUUUUAUUAUCUUUUGGGACUUUGGGGGGAUUUUGGGUGGGUGGGUCUUGAUCACAUUCGACGAUAUCCGGUUUUUUGUCAUCUGGGCUUUUGGGAAACGAGAGGCAUUUAGGGCAGGGA